AUGAACUCUUCCCCAGAGAUAUGCUUACCAGUUAACAAGGGCAAAGAGGCUCGUAUAAUUGCUAAGACAUUAAAAGAUUUUAAUUUCAAGAAAUGCAAAGCAUGGUUCUCACUUUCUUCUCAGUUUUCUUCUGGUAUUAGAUUUCCAGAAUUACUUUCUAUUGCAUACGUUCUUCAGCGUAUUGUGGAAUUGCCUGAUAUUACCCGUUCUGAAAAGAGAUCAUUCCCAUGCUUAGUUAAGUGGUUUGAUGAUAAUUGGGAAGCAAUUAAAGAUCCAAUUAAACAAAUAACACUUCUUGACGAGAACACAAUUCCAAUCAACGGUCAACGUGAGAAUUUAGAACGAAUCAAUUAA